AUGGUCACCUUGCGGAAUGGUGAGUUCGUGUUCAUAAAUAACAGAAAACAACUUCUCUUACUCGAGAGGGGUACAAAUCAGGAGGCACAAAUCAUUUACGGCGGCGAAGUUUUUGCUUUUGCAUGCUCUGAGGAUGAAACCAUGAUGGCACUGGCGCUUCCAUCUCCGUCGGGUGGCAGUUCUUCUUUGAUUCGCCUCUACACGUUUGCCGAUAAUGAACUUGGGGAUGCAAUUUUUGAAGUAACAACUAUAAAGGCUACUCAGUUGCUGUGGUCAGGAAUGCAGUACUUGGUGGUUUGUGGCCCUAGUGGUUGCACUAUAUAUAAGUGGAAAAACGAAAAACUCAACCGUGUUGUGCCCGACUCAGCGACAAGUGCAUUUUUACAGGGAGAUAGAGUGGCAUUAUUUUAUCCAGAUAGUCAAACACUAAAAUUUUGGAAUUUGGAUUCUAAUCGAAUAAUGGACUCGGUGAAACCUUCCUUACGAGGCCGUCGUUUAAUUUCCACGGUUGGUGUGGGAUAUUUUUGUUUUGCCCUCUACGAUGAUGGUUCUGUACAGGUUUACUACGUUACUAAAAGUAACAUUAAGAAACUCUCUUUGUUUGAACGUUUCUUUCCCGUUAAGCAAAACGAGAAGGUAACUCAUGGUACAUCAUCACCUCUUCUGGCUUGUGCACUUUCUUCUCGCAAAGUACUUGUGGGAUUACGAGGGAAUAACAAAGUUCAUAAGUUGGAGUACAAGAAUGAAAAACAUUUGGUUGACAGUAUGCAGGAGGAACUUCAGGAGCCCUUUACGCUUAUGGCAAUUUCUCGUGAUGGUCGACGUUGUCUGGCACUCAACACCGUAACGGGUAAGUAUCAAACAUUAGUGUUGUCCUUUAGUUCGGUAAAAACUGUACUCACAGAAACACAGCAUGAGAAGCACAGCUCAAAUGAUUCUCAGGAGACAACGAGAAAGGGGAAUACAACAUGUGCACCCAAAGGAGAGGAGAAUGAAGGAAUCUCGGUAUUAUCAAGUGCUACCUCCAACAUAACAUCUCUUGGGGAUAAAAAUAAGAAUAUUGGAAAGUGCCCUAAAGUAAGUAAUGGCACGAGCCCGAGCCCGAGCGAAGGGUCCAAUAGAAAAUAUAUAAAUGGAAUAACAAUAACUACCUUUGGAGUUGUUGUGGUAAUGAUUGGCUUCUUGACACGACGCAUUCUUUCAUCUCAACGACAAUAA